AAGACUCGACUCGUUCGCCAACGACCCAUUUGUCGAGCGGCACUGCCGCCACCAAUUGUCUUCCCGUGGGUGUCCCAACACUUUUGUCCAGUGCACAUCUUUUUUUUUUUAUUCAGAGCUUUAUUGAACACUUUGGACACGCACACGCGGACAAUGGCGAGCAAGUCUAACGUGACCGGGACACAAGAUGACGUAAGGCGGAGUUAGCUUCGCGGCUAACGCAGCGAACGCAGGGCGGAAGCCAGGCACCUGAUGACGGGCUUGUGAGGCGGUGUCACCGCCGUGCUCAGCGCCAGAUGACCCCCAACGACGUGUUGACAAAAGGUGUUGGACCUCCCCAUGGCGGGUUAUGACGAGAACAUCGCUAAUAACCCCUUCUACUUGGCGCUGGAGAAGCAGAGGCCUGACCUGUGCGCCCAAGUUGCCCAGCUCCACGGCAUCGUUCUGGUGCCGUGCUGUGUCAGUCUGGGCCAGAGCAGCCUGUCCAGCUGCCACUUUGACAGCUACGUGCUGCAGCCCGGAGAAGGGGGCUACCACACCGCCGAUGGACAGGAGGUCAGGAUCCAGGAGAGGCAGGUCCUGCUGGGGUCCGGCUCGUCCGUCCCCAUCCUGUUCGAGGAGACCUUCUACAACGAACGGGAGCAGAGCUUCAGCAUCCUCUGCAUCUCCCGGCCCGUCGAGGCGGCGCCCGGCCCGGCCGAGCUCGGCCCGUCGGCGCCGUACUGCCUGAAGAGUCUGGAGGAGGUGGAGGACUUCCUGGGCCGCCACGUCCACAAGUUGGACAAGAUGAUCCUCAACUUCUGCCAGGCCUUCAAGGAGCACGAGAGGAAGGGGCUCCGACACCACAUGGACUCAGUUCAUGGGCUGUACACUCGAUGUCUUCAGUGUUUGCUGAGAGACUCUCGUCUGAAGGUCCUGGCCAAGCAGGAAGUCCAGAUGAACGUGCUGAAGCAAGCAGUGGAGGUCUACCUCCACCACGGCAUCCACGGCCUCAUCUUCAACUACGUGGGCUCGCUCGAAGCCAGCCAGGACGCCGCCUUCAACAAGACCACCAGGAGUCUGCAGGAGCUCCAGCACAAAGACUUGGGGGUCAAGCCCGAGUUCAGCAUCAACUUGUCUCGCGCCAAACGAGAGCUGAGUGGACUCAACCGGCAGACGUCGCCGCUGCUCAAACUCCUCUGCCUGCGUCGUGUUGCCCUGAUCGCCACGCACACGCCCACCUCCGCAGUCAGCAUUGAAGCUGUGUGCGCAGAUGACCUGCUCUCCGUCAUCCUCUACCUUCUGAUCAAGAUGGACGUCCCCAACUGGAUGGCCAACCUGAGCUACAUGAAGAACUUCUGCUUCAGCCACUCCGGCAAAGAUGAGCUGAGCUACUGCCUGAGCACCUUUGAAGCCGCGGUGGAGUACAUCAACCUGGGCAAAGUGCACCAGGCGCUCUCGGGUUGCGUUCAGGGGAGCAAGGCGAAGCUGACAGAGAAUCUGAGUCUGGCGGUUCAGAGCGCCGCCACGCCUGUCAGCUGUCUGUUUGAGCACAUUGCGAAUGGAAACGAGGCGGAGGUGGAGCGUCUGCUGAGCGUAGGCAAAAGCGAAGAGGACGGCCCAACGUGUCACCCCCUCUGCUCCUGUGAAGUCUGUGACCUGCAGCUCUCCGGGAAGUUGAACGACCCGUCCAUCAUCACCUCCUUCUCCAGGGACGACAGGGGUUACACGCCUCUGCACGUCGCCGCCGUCUGCGGCCAGGCUCAGCUGAUCGACAUGCUGGUGUCCAAACUGGGAGCGCCAGUCAACGCCACGGAUUACCACGCCCUCACACCGCUGCACCUGGCGUGUCAGAAGGGAUACCAGGGGGUCACGCUGCUGCUGCUGCACUACAAGGCGGACGGCGACGCUCAGGACAACAACGGCAACACGCCGCUGCACCUGGCGUGCAUGUACGGCCACGAGGACUGCGUGAAGGCCCUGGUCUACUACGACUUCCAAACGUGCAGCUUGGACCUGCAGAACGACAAAGGCGACACACCGCUGCACCUGGCGUCGCGCUGGGGCUACGAGGGCAUCAUCCAGGUCCUCCUGGAGAACGAGGCCGCCGUCAACGUGCUCAACAAGAACCGGGACACGGCGCUUCAUUGUGCGCUCAACUCCAAGAUUGUCACGCUGAUAAAGUCGACGCGGAGUAGUGAGCCGUGCAGGAGCGUCGUCGGCGUUCACGUGAGUGUCCCCGCCUCCCCCGUGGCGUCUGACUGCAGCAGCCGGCGCUCCUCCGUGUCCGGCCCCUCCUCUCCGGGCUGCCAGCUCCAACCCGAGCGAGCGCUGGUGCGACAUCGCCAGGUGGAGAAGCUGCUGCGUGCGGUGGCGGACGGCGACGUGGAAAUGGUGCGCUACCUGCUGGAGUGGACUGAUGACGAGAAGGAGGGACUGAUCUUGUCCCAGGCGCCGCUGUGCCACCCGCUGUGCCAGUGUCCGACCUGCGCGCCGGGUCAGAAGGUGUGCGCGGCGGAGGCGGGCGCGCUGGGCGUCAACAGCUGCAACGCCGACGGCUUCACGCCUCUCCACGUGGCCGCCACGCACGGACACGCCGAGCUGACCUCGCUGCUGCUGCGCCACGGUGCCCGCGUCAACGGGCACAGCAACCAGCAGGCCACGCCCCUUCACCUGGCCUGCCAGAACGGCCACCCGCAGGUGGCGGUCUCCCUGCUGGAGUGCAACGCCAAGCUCAACAAAAAGGACUGCCACGGCAACACGGCUCUGAUCCUGGCGUGUCUCCACGGCAACCUGGACACCGCCAACGUCCUCCUACAGAGCCAGGCGCUGGUGAACGCCACCAACCAUCAGGGGAACACGGCGCUGCACGAGGCGGUGCGGGGCGGACACCCGCCGCUGGUGGAGCUGCUGCUGAGGGGCGGAGCCUGCCCGGAACUCAGGAACAAGAGGCAGAGGACGCCGCUGGACAGCGCCUACGAGCUCGGCGGCAAGAACUCUGAGAUCCUGCGAGCACUGCAAAAGGCGUCUGGACUUUCCCCCGACGACGAGCCCAUCAAGCUGCUCUCCGUGCCCAAAGGCACUCUGGCACACUCCUUCGUGCAGCGCCUCAGGACCAACGACCUCCUCUCUGGACGCAAUCACGCCGCCAGCAGGAUUGAGAAGGCGAAGAGAAACUCCUGCAGUCCUUCUCGCCCGGCCGCCCGGGUCAGGACAGUCGCCAAGGACCAGGCGGGCAGCCGAGGCCACGCCCCCCGCCUGGCUCGCUGGCACACGCUGGACUCCGAGGAGCGGGCGCCGCCGUCGAACGUGCACACGCUCGGCGCACGAGCGCGGACACGGAGCUUCGACGACGAUAGCGCUAUGAUGUCAUCAUCGGACAACUCACCUCCGUUGACGCUCGCCUCCGUGACACGCCCCCAAAUCUCUUUGAACGGAGCGUGUGAUGAGUCACGUGAGCUCAGCUCUGCACCCUCAACCGCACUUGAACUCGACGACCGCAUACACGCUCAUGACGGUGCUACUGGUGCGCCUCAUCAACAAGACACGCCCCUUUCCAGUGACAAACUCCAUUUUCAAAACACACCCCUUUCCAGUGAUAUGCCCCAUUGUAGUGACACGCCCCAUCGUCAAGACACGCCCCUUUCUAGUGAUACACAGAUUUGUAGUGACAUGCCUCAUCGCCAAGACACACCCCUUUCCAGUGACACGCCCUAUUGUCAAGACACGCCCCUUUCCAGUGACACACUCCAUUGUCAAAACACACCCCUUUCCAGUGAUAUCCCCCAUUGUAGUGACACGCCCCAUUGUCAAGACACGCCCCUUUCUAGUGGUACACAGAUUUGUAAUGACACGCCUCAUCGCCAAGACACACCCCUUUCCAGCGACACACCCUAUUGUCAAGACACGCCCCUUUCCAGUGAUAUACACCUUUCCAGUGACACACCCCAUUGUCAAAACAUGCCUCAUUGUAGUGACACGCCCCAUUAUCAAGACACGCCCCUUUCUAGUGAUACACGAAUUUGUAGUGUCACGCCCCAUUGUCAAGAGACGGCCCUUUCCAGUGAUACACACCUUUCCGGUGACACACCUCAUUGUCAAGACACGCCCCUUUCCAGUGAUACGCCUCAUUGUAGUGACACGCCUCAUCGCCAAGACACGCCCCUUUCCAGUGAUACGCCUCAUUGUAGUGACACGCCUCAUCGCCAAGACACGCCCCUUUCCAGUGAUACACACCUUGGUAGUGACAUGUCCUUUUCCAGUGAUACACAUCUUCCCAGUGACACACCCCAUUGUCAAGACACACCCCUUUCCAGUGAUACACUCUUUUCCAGUGACACACCCCACUGUCAAGACACGCCCAUUUCCAGUGAUACACUCUUUUCCAGUGACACGCCCCACUGUCAAGACACGCCCAUUUCCAGUGAUACACUCUUUUCCAGUGACACGCCCCACUGUCAAGACACGCCCCUUUCCAGUGAUACACACCUUUGUAGUGACAAGCCUCAUCGCCAAAACACGCCCCUUUCCAGUGUUACACACCUUUGUAGUGACACGCCCCUUUCCACUGAGACACAUCUUUCCUGUGAAACACCCCAUUGUCAAGACACACCCCAUUGUGAAGACACGCCCCUUUCCAGUGACAUGCCCCCGUGUCAUGACACGCCCCUUUUGAGUGAUACACACCUUCGUAGUGACACGCCCAUCUCCAGUGACAUCCCCCUUUGCCCAGACACGCCCCCAUCUAGCAAUAUGACCCGUAAUCAAGACACGCCCAUAUCUAAUGUUCAAGACACGCCCCUUUCUAUUGACACGCUCCUUUACAAACACACGACCCACUCCACUGACACAUCCAUAUCUAGUGGCCAUGACACGACCAUCUCCAGUGAAACGCCCCUUUGUCAAGACACGCCCCUUUCUAGUGACACACCCCUCUCUAGUGACACCCCUCAUUGCCAAGACACACCCCUUUCUAGUGAAACACCGCAUUGAGAAGAUACACCCCUUUCCAGUGACAGCACGCUAACAGUAGCAUGAUGACAUAGCAUUAUAUUGCGCAUUAUAUCUUCUUUGAAAAUUUAAUACGCUAUUUUUAGAUGCAACAUUAAAAAAAUUGCUGAACUGCUAGCAUAAAACUUUAGCAUGCUAAUAUAAGAAAUAUUAGCAUGCUUCCAAGAUGGCGCCAAGUAUCGCCCCAUUGGAAGGACACGCCCCUCUCCAGGAAUACGCCCCUUUGUCAAGGCAUGCCCCUUUCUAGUGACACACCCCAUUGAUAAAACACGCCCCAUUGCCAAGACACACCCCUUUCCAGUGACACACCAAUAUGCCAAGACACGCCCCUUUCCAGUGAUACGCUCCAUUGCCAAGACACACCCUUUUCCAGUGUCACACCCAUAGCCAAGACACGCCCCUUUCCAGUGAUAUGCCCCAUUUUUAAGACACUCCCCUUUCCAAUGAUAAACCCGUUUGCCAAGACACGCCCCAUUGAAAAGACACGCCCAUAUCUCGCGUAAAAGACACACCCUUUUCUAGUGACACACCCUUUAGCCAGGACAUGCUCCUUUCCAGUGACACACCCUUUUGCCAAGACACGCCUCUUUCCAGUGAUACGCCCCAUUGCAAAGACACACCCCUAUGCCCCUAUGCCAAUACACACGCCUUUCCAGUGACACACCCUUUUGCCAAGACACGCCUCUUUCCAGUGAUACGCCCCAUUGCCAAGACACACCCCUUUCCAGUGACACACCCUUUUGCCAAGACACGCCUCUUUCCAAUGAUACACCCCAUUGCCAAGACACACCCCUUUCCAGUGACACACCCUUUUGCCAAGACACACCUCUUCUCAGUGAUACGCCCCAUUGCCAAGACCCACCCCUUUCUAGUGACACACCCCUAUGACAAAACACUCGCCUUUCCAAUGAUAAACCCUUUUGCCAAGACACGCCCCAUUGAAAAGACACCCCCAUAUCUCGUGUAAAAGACACACCCUUAUCUAGUGACACACCCUUUUGCCAGGACAUGCUCCUCUCCGGUGACACACCCUUUUGCCAAGACACGCCUCCUUCCAGUGAUACGCCCUAUUGCCAAGACACACCCCUUUCCAGUGACACACCCUUUUGCCAAGACAGGCCUCUUUCCAGUGAUAUGCCCCAUUGCCAAGACACACCCCUUUCCAGUGACACACCCUUUUGCCAAGACAGGCCUCUUUCCAGUGAUAUGCCCCAUUGCCAAGACCCACCCCUUUCUUGUGACACACCCCUAUGACAAGACACUCCCCUUUCCAAUCAUAUGCCCCAUUGUUAAGACACUCCCCUUUCCAAUGAUAAACCCUUUUGCCAAGACACGCCCCAUUGAAAAGACACGCCCAUACCUCGUGUAAAAGACACACCCUUUCCUAGUGACACACCCUUUUGCCUGGACAUGCCCCUCUCCGGUGACACACUCUUUUGCCAAGACACGCCUCUUUCCAGUGAUACGCCCCAUUGCCAAGACACACCCCUUUCCAGUGACACACCCCUAUGCCUAGACACACCCCUUUCCAAUGAUAUGCCCCAUUGUAAAGACACUCCCCUUUCCAAUGAUAAACCCUUUUGCUAAGACACACCCCAUUGAAAAGACACGCCCAUAUGUUCUGUAAAAGACACACCCUUUUUUUGUGACACACCCUUUUGCCAAGACACGCCCCUUUCCAGUGACACACCCCAUUGCAAAGACACGCCCCUCUCCAGUGAUACGCCCAUAUCUCCCUUUCAAGACACACCCCUUUUCCUUGACACACCCCUUCCAGUAAUAUACCCCAUUGAGAAGACACGCCCUUUUGUAAAGACAUGCCCAUAUUUGGUGUCCAAGACUCGCCCCUUUUUAGUGAUACACCCCUCUCCAGUGACACACUCCAUUGCCAAGACACGCCUCUUUCCCACGACACACCCUUUUCUACGCCUGUGAGUGUGAAUAAAACGGCACCUUUUGGAGGUCAUGUGACCAGCGACUGAAGCAAGUUUGGGAUAUUUAUGUAUUUAUAGGAGUAUUGCAGUAUUGGGAUAAAUGUGCUACUGCAAUACUUAUCAUUGGGAAGAUGGAUUUUAUUUGUACAUUAAAUGUACAAGAAUGCUCAAA